UAUGCCACCUUUAUCAUUCCGUGUAAAUGAAGAGUAUGCCCAAUUAUCUGAAAUAAUUCCUGGUUUAUUUAUUUGUGGUGUUAAUGGGCUUACAGCAGCGAAUAUUUGUGCUUUUCGAAUUCAAUUAGUUGUUAACUGUACACGAGAAGUUCCGAACCUUAAAUGUUUGGGACAAGUAACAAGAAUGAAAUUAUGGGUUGAGGACACUCCUGAAGAAGAUUUAUUUGCUCAUUUUGAUAUUGUUGCUGAUCAGGUAGAUGAUAGUCGACUGUUUAACUAUUAA